UUAUUUGUGUGUGUGUGUGUCUGUGUGUGUGUGUUUCAGGUCAUAACAACCUUUUUUCAUGAAGUCAGUUUAGAUAUUGCACAGAGGCAUAGUUUCAGUAAAUGUAUUCUCUCUUCCAGUAAGUUUUGAAAAUUGCUUGCAGGUUCAUUUUAACAGUGUGUGGACAAAUAUUACAGCUGUAUGAUAUAUAGUUAGUAAAUAAUAUAUAUAAAUAUCAGAGUAAUUCAAUGUAGUGUACAAGUGGAACAAAACCAGUCCUCACUUCAUUCACAGAACUGUUAAGGUGAUUUUGUGCGCCAGACAUGAUUCCGUGAGAGAUGCUGCCCACAUAUUUAAAAAGGGGAAAGACUGUGGUGUAUUGACAUGCGUCUGAGACUUAGAAGCAUGUGAAAUGUCAAAAAGGUUUAACAUUUCAGAAACAUGCGUGAGAGGGAAGCUUAAACAUUAUAUGGCUGUAUUUCGUAGAUAAUGCAGGAAGAAAAAAAGACAUCCGUCAGUUUGUCCUGCUUAGGUCACAUUUAACGGAUUUUGUCCUUGUGGUUUAUUGCUUUGAGAAAAUAUUGCUGAUCUUUGGCAGCAGAGAUUUCCUUCAUGAGUGCUUAUACCACGGAAAACUACCACCAGUUUCACUCUACAAGAAAUGAUACUUUGAAGUAUCAUGAGCUAAGUUUCAUUAUGACGAACUGCUCAACUAAAGAUGUGGACACUUUGACGCAGAAGUUGGACUUGGUGAUUUAUGUGCCCGUCUUGGUGUUCGGCUUGACGUUAAACAUUGCGGCAUUGGUGGUGUUCUGUCAGCUGCUCAGAAAAUGGACAGAGUCCUCUAUCUACAUGACCAACCUGGCCCUGAUGGAUCUGCUGUUGCUGCUGCAGUUGCCCUUCAAAAUGCACGCAGCAUACCACGAGUGGGAGGAAAACAAGAUGCUCCUUUGCUCUUUUCUGGAAAGUCUUUACUUUGUGGCCAUGUACGGCAGCAUCUACACAAUUGCAUCCAUAGCUGUAGACCGAUACAUCGCCAUAAACCACCCGUUUCGUGCCAAGCAGGUGCGUUCGAAGAAAAACGCCUUGAUUGUUUGUGUUUUCAUCUGGGUGUUUGUUAUGGCUGCGACUUCACCCAUCUAUACCUUCCGGGAUAAGAAAAAGGGUAAUUUCACUUGUUUCCAUGGUUUCUCUGAGAAGGGUUGGAGCACUGCAAUAAUUGUGUGUCUGGAGCUCUUUGGUUUCCUGUUGCCCGCCGCAGUACUGGUGGUUUGUUCCAUUCAAAGCAUCUGUACUCUCAAAGCCUCAAAAAGCAGCAACCCCAAGAAGCAAGCUGGUGUGAGAAUCAUCUACAGCAGCCUAGCAGCCUUCCUAGUGCCCUUCACCCCCUGUCACAUAGCCAUAUUCCUUCAGUACCUGGUGCGUAAUGACUUUAUUUUAGACUGUAAACAGCAAAAGAACAUCGCCCUCUUUAUACAGGUGUCAAUGAACAUUGCAAAUGUGACCUGCUGCUUGGACGCACUAUGUUACUAUUUCAUCGCGAAGGAAGUCCGAUCCACCAAGGAGACACUUAAAAUGUCCAUCAGCAGAGCGAGAACCACAAGCUCCUCAGAAGUUUGAGAAGUCAAAUUCAGUUUAUUAGACUUUCAGAAUGUGUGUUGGUGGCUUGUUGGCGACAGUAAGAGACCGCAAGAAAAUAUUUUGGACUAAUUUCAAAGACUCUUGAGGUUUAUUGCAUGUCUCAUGGACGUAAAUGGACAAAAUAUUACUCCUCUCAUUCCAGUUAAAAGGCUAGUAACCCCCUCCCCCCAUCCUCGAAAAAAUAAUUUACUCACCCUCACGUAAUUUUAAAACUGUAUGACUUUGUUUACUGUUUCUUUUUAAAGUCAUCAUGAAAUCAAAACUGACAAUUCUUAUUUUUUUAUAGAAUAUUGCAGUAUUUAUUAGAAAAUAAUCUCAUAAUUUUUAAUCAAAAUAAUUCCCCUCCCUCUUGCAUUGACAUCUCUUCUCUAAAGACGCAAGGGUGGGACAACCUGUCACUCACAUAAGACUGACCAAUAGAAAACCACAACAAUCCAACGAUCCAAUCAAUUCCCAAUGAACAAAAUCAAGUCCCGCCCUACAUUUUUCUUGUUUGAGAAGCCGUUUCACUUGGAUAUACACAGUUUUGGGAAGGUUACUUUGGAAAUGUAAUAGGUUACAGAUUACAAGUUACCCUAUUUCAAAUGUAAUAAGUAGUGUAAUUAUUUCAAUUACCUUAUUAAAGUAAUGUAUCUGAUUACAUCUGAUUACUUUUUGAUUACUUUUCUAAAUUUCUAACGAAUGUUUUCAACUGUUAAUCAUUUUCAAACAUUUAAACCAGGCAGGGUUAACCUUACAGUAGUACUCAACACUGAUUAGUGUCAGACUUUCAAAAUACUUCAUCACUUGAAUUAAGAUUAUAAUAAUUUAAUUUUAAAGCACAGCCACCCCAAAAUCACACUUUUUCACCUCAUUUUUACUUUGAGAUCAUUCUGAGUUUAAAUACAGAUUUCUGGAUUAAUUGAUUUUUACAUUUCCAGCACUGGAACGCAUUUUUAUCACUGGUGGGAACUCUCAGACAGGUUGUAGCCUAAAGCUUUCAGCGGCAAUGUGGAAACCCCCUUUGUAAUCAUUAACAUUUUCAUAAGUAACUGUAAUUUAAUUACAUUACAUUUAUGGAUUACAGUUACAUUUAUUUUGUAAUUAAAUUACAUAACACCGUUACAUGUAAUUAGUUACUCCCCAACACUGGAUAUAUGUCACAAUAGUGAAGAAAAGUCUAUUGCAGAUUCAGUUUCAUGCCAACCUUAAACAUAAAAAAAAGUAUUUUGAGAAAUGUCUCUCAGUGUUUUUUGCUUAUGCAAAGAAGUCAGUGGACUUUAAUGUUGUUUGGUUCCCAAUGGUCUAUAAAACAUCUUCUUUCAUGUUCCACAUUAGAAAAAAGUCAUACAGGUUUGGAAUGGCAUGAGGGUGAAUAAAUGAUGACAAUUAUCAUUUUUGGAUGGACUGUCCCUUUAAUUUUACCAAGUGUGUCAAAAUUGAGUUGAAACAGGAAUAGAACAGAAACUUUACCCUGAUCUUCAGAUUUGCACAGUCCCAAAAUCUGGUAUUUUGGCUUGCAUGGUUGGGAUUUCAAGAUCAGGAUCUCCCAAAUCCAUUCCAUUUGUGAAAUGUAACUUUCACAAGACUAUAAGCAAUAAAUAAUUCUUUAUUCCUUGAACCACAUCCUCGAAACCCCAUCCUCUCUAAAGCCAUGGCAACAAACCCACCCACACAGAACGACUGCCAGUCUGAGAUCAUUUCUGAUAGCAUUUCCGCACCCCUGACCCCUUUUUGCUGUUUUUGAGUCUAGGUCUGUCAUAGAGAUGUGGUAUCUCAAGACACUCAUUUAAAGAUUACUGGGACAUUUCAUUUGUGGUAUUCAAAAUGUUUACUGCAUUUAUUAGAGUGCUGCAGGGAUGACAUAUUUUGUAGGCCAAAACCCUAUAAAUGAGUUUUAGCACUCCUGUUUCGGUUGACGUUAAAGUCAUGCGACCGUGGUGUAGUUUGUUUAUAGCCUACGAUUUUUUUUUACAACUGUCGAUUGUAUUUAGCCUUCAAAAUUCAUAUAAGUUGUGUUCAUUUGUGAAGAUUAUCAUGAUAAUCAAAUCAUUUAAAAAUGACAAACCUUUUUUUGUCACAGAGCUUAUUUUCUGCAAUAAUCCAAAAAAUCCUAUUUGUUUUUUGUCAAGGGAACCAACUUCCAGCCUGGCCUACAAAAAUAUGUCAUUACUGCAGUGCUCUAAUUCAUUUAUUUUAAAUGAAAUUGUGUCUGUCCAUUUACCAUGUGAUUAGGAUUUUUCACCAAAGAUUCUGUAUUUGUCUUUAUCUAACAGCCCACACUGUCAACAUGAAAAACUUGAGGUGUUCCUGCUCACACGCGAUGGUCGUCUGGCAAACCAUCUUGAAACCUUCACAAUGACUCAUAAAUGUUUCUGAUGCAACACUGGUUAUGGCAUUACAUACUUCACAAUUACCUCUUUUGUUCUGUAAUCUGCCUCUUAAAUCAGAAUAUUAAAAUAUUUGUGUAGACUUGUGUAGACUUCGGCUACACAAGAAUCACUUGUUUUGUUA